AUGGGGAAGGUUCUAAUCACCCGAAGCUCUCAUGUAUGUGGCGACACAAAAGAUGUUGCUGUCAGCUCUGUUCACGGUUAUGAACUCAACACCGGAAACAAGAGAACUUGCAGUGCCCGAGUACAAGCCCUGUUGAAGGACGACAACUUCGCAUAUCCCGGGAGCUGGGACAAUCUAUCGACAACUGUAACCUGGAAAGCCGACAUUCGCAAGCCGUAUGCAGCCCAACCGCUCAUUUCAUGUAUCCGAGGUUUGAUGUCAAACAAGAAGUUUCCGACACCUCAAAAUCAGCAAAUCUUCGCUUCGUCAAUUGAAGAACUGCCUGAUGAGCUUGAGCUGCCUCCUGGGCUCAUUGCACUUGCGACAACUACUAUUAUGGCUGCUCUUCGUGACUGGAAAUCAGGGGAAAAUUCCCCCCUGAAAUUCGAAGGGAACAUGUUCAACCGCACAUAUGCAAGUAACAUUGAAUGGAUGGCAGCUGCACAACAACGAAAUCCCGCCAACUACCAUAAACUCAUGCACAAGUUGUAUGAGCUUGUAAUGGUACCAGAUGAUUUAGAGCAAGGCGAGCUAGUAAAUACCAUGGCUAGAAGCAUGAUUGAUGAGAUUGACUUCUGA